UGGAGGCGAUUCAGCUGCGGGCACACCUGCCCCGCGGAUGUCGCCCCAGUUGCGGCUGCACCUGUCCCGCAGCUGCGGUGGGAAGGAGCCCCGGGCUGCGCCCCCCGCCCCCGGCAGCAGGCUCACCCACGACAUCAGCCUCGAGGAAUUUGAGGAUGAAGACCUUUCUGAGAUCACCGAUGAGUGUGGAAUCAGCCUACACUGCAAGGAGAGCCUGGCCACUCGAGGCCAUGUAAGCCGGCCCGGCGGCGGCGGCGCCCGGGCGGCGGGCGGCGGCGAGGCCAGCCGGCUGCAGGCGGAGAUGCUACAGCUCGACCUCAUCGACGCGGCGGGGGAGGCGCCGGCCGAGGAGCAGACGGCGCCCGAGCCCCUGCAGAAGGAGCCCCCGGCAGGGACCACCGAUGUCUACAGACCGAAGCGACCCACAACGCUCAACCUCUUCCCGCAGGUGCCUCGGAGCCAGGACACUCUGAAUAAUAACUCUCUGGGAAAAAAGCACAGUUGGCAGGAACGGGUGUCCCGGUCGUCAUCCCCUCUGAAAACGGGUGAGCAGACUCCUCCCCAUGACCACGUUUGCCUGAGUGAUGAGGUCAAUCACCAAAACAGCACAACCUCCACCAAAGACCGGGGCACAUCCACGGAGAGCCCGUGUCGGCGCACAGCAGCCACUCAGAUGGCACCGGCCUGCGUUGCCUCGUCCCGGCCACCUGAGAAGCACCAGGCCACCAGCCGACCCCCACCACAUGGUGCCAGCAUUGUGGUGGUCACAACAAGGGGCCCUGAGGCCCACCGGGACCGCAUCCGAUACCAGACAGACGUAAGGCUGGAGGCCACAGAGGAGAUCUACUUGACACCUGUGCAGAAGAACUCGGACCCCCUGGAGACAGACAAGCCAUUCCUGUCUCAGUCCAGUGAAAACCGCAUGUCCAUCAGCUCUGACAUCGACACCUCUGGCUAUUCGGCCCUGGUGGGAAAAACCAACCCCUCUAUCAGUGAGGAGGAUGAGGUGCUGGACUAUAUGUCCUCCCCUGACAAGAUGAACCUGCCCAGGGCCUCCUGCGGUGGUGGGAAUAGUGGCUCCCGGCCAGGGCAUAACCUUCAGAGAUCCUCAGUGAGUUCAGACACCAGCGCCCUCUCCUACGACUCGGUCAAAUACACACUGGUGGUGGAUGAGAACGUGCAGCUGGAGCUGGUCAGCCUCAAGCAGUGCUACUCAGGCUACAGUGAUGAGAGCGACUCAGCCACUGUCUAUGACAACUGUGUCUCCUCACCUUAUGAGUCAGCCAUUGGUGAGGAGUAUGAGGAGGAUGCACUGAAGCGUGACUCGGUUUGCCUCUCCGAGGACUCCACCCCUGAGGCAGACAUCCACUUCUCCAAGAAGUUCCUCAAUGUCUUCAUGAGUGGCCGGGCGCGCUCCUCCAGUGCUGAGUCCUUCGGGUUGUUCUCCUGCAUGAUCAAUGGGGAGGAGCAGGAGCAGACCCACCGCGCUGUCUUUAGGUUUGUGCCUCGCCAUGCGGAUGAGCUGGAGCUGGAGGUUGAUGAUCCUUUGCUGGUGGAGGUGCAGGCAGAAGAUUAUUGGUAUGAAGCUUACAACAUGCGGACAGGCGACCGGGGCAUUUUUCCUGCCUACUAUGCUAUUGAAGUCACCAAGGACCCAGACCAUUUAACAGCUCUGGCCAAGAGCAGUGACUGGGUGGACCAGUUUCGGGUGAAGUUCCUCGGCUCGGUGCAGGUUCCCUAUCACAAGGGCAAUGACGUGCUGUGCGCGGCCAUGCAGAAGAUUGCCACCACACGCCGCCUCACUGUGCACUUUAACCCACCCUCCAGCUGUGUUCUGGAGAUCAGCGUGCGUGGGGUCAAGAUUGCCGUGAAAGCUGAUGACUCCAAGGAGCACAGCAAGGUAAACAAGUGUAGCCAUUUUUUCCAGCUGAAGAACAUUUCCUUUUGUGGGUAUCAUCCAAAGAACAAUAAGUAUUUUGGGUUCAUCACCAAGCACCCUGCUGACCACAGAUUUGCCUGUCAUGUCUUUGUCUCGGAGGAGUCCACGAAGCCACUGGCGGAGUCAGUAGGGAGGGCUUUUCAGCAAUUCUACAAGGAGUAUGUGGAAUACACGUGCCCCACGGAGGACAUCUACCUGGAGUAGGGGCUGGAACAGGCAUCUCCUGCACAGCCAGGGCUGCAGUCUUGCCCUUUCCCCGUGUCGUGCAUGGACAAGAGCUGCUUUGAGCCUGAAGGAGGAGUGGGCCCUGGGCUGGGCUCCCCGGGGCAUGGAGCACCACCUCUUUUCAUGACUCCCCUUCCUCGGGCUGGGAGGGACGGGAGGGGGGAGGGCUGGACAAAUUGUGUUUAUUGUACAAAAUACUUAGUUUAUUCUAUUGGAGAAGCAUCCGCUGGGUGCCCUGCCGGUGAGCGGUGGAGGGGUGGACAGCAGCUUCAGGCUGGGGUAACAGCAUCUCCUCCUUGUGACCAUGGCCCAGCUUCCCGUCGCAUCCCUCUGGGAUGACUUUUAAUGCAGUGGCAGAGUCAGACUCUCACAGUAUGAAAACACAGCAACUACAGCAAACGACCCAUAUGCUGGCUCCUGCCUGGGAGAUGGGCUUGCCUUGGGCAGGCAUCAGCUCCCUGCUAAGCCCUGGGGAUAAGGCUGCUGGGUAGGGAAAACAGUGGAAGCCCCACUAUCUCCUGUGCAAGAGCCAGCACCAGCAUGAGCUGAGAUAGCUCACCCCUGCCUCUGCCUGAUCCCUGACCCUCCCCUCUUCUAUCUGUGCCCUAGGGAGAGAGAAAAAUCCCCCCUAUACCUCCCUGCAGUAACUAUACCCUUGGGAGGGGAGACUUUCUCUGCCCCAUCCUCCCUUCUCCCCCUGGCUGCAGGUGGCAGAGGCAGUGGCAGGGUUGGGCCACCCCAGGGCUGGGUGCUCGGCCCCUGCGCAGAGAUGGGUCCCUGCCAGAAGCAAGGGCAGGGAAAGGGCUAAAGCCUGCAGGGAGCCAUGCAAAGCACUGGGGAGGUAGAAGAGCCCUCCUGGUCCCUGCAGCCAGCGGUCUCUGUGCUUCAACU